AACCACCAUGCAACACCAACAACCCGGCCGCUCGGCCUGCGCACUGGUACCAACGCCGGGCACACUCCCGGCCUACGUCAACCAGAACCCAGUCGCGCUACAAAUACAACAGCAGCGCCAGAAGGGCGACACCGCGCUCACACGCAACUUCACCCCCAUCGAGAUCAAGUGCAGCACCAUGGCCGUGCAGGAAAGCGCCCUCACGUGCCACGCCCGCCUCUCCGAGGCCUUGAGACGAUUCGCGAAGGAGAAGUGGCCUACCUACCCCGACGCGUGGCCGGUCAAUGUUAAGCAUGUGGAGAUGUUCUGCAUGGGCAAAGUCCUCGAACAAGGGCACCAAACAGCAGACGUACUCUUCAUCCAACUGAUCGAACACCUCGCAAGCCCACCGCUGCGCCCAGACGGCACCCAACCCGUGCUGCUGCACCAAGCCGAAGCGUUCAUCCCGCUGGCCUACGAGAAGGCCCGCGAACGACUCAAGAUAGCAUACUCCACAGAGAAGUGCCCCGUCGCAAAGGCCUACCCGCUCACGCUGGCGCGCAUGUACCAAAUCCCAAUGCCCGAGCGAGCGGCCCUCAACCUCUGGCACCUCCUCGGGUGCCGUAGACGAGCCAUCGACAGCAUCCUCCCCAAGGACGUCGAAGUGUUCGCAGACCGCGUCUCCGUAUUCAUCCUGGCCGACAAGGUGGCAGCCACAGCCGCACGCACAGUACACAUCGGGCACAACUGCCUUGAAGCGCCCGACUUGUGUCUCCUCUGCGACCCAGGCACGAAGCAAGCAGUCCAAACCCUCUGCACGCAGGCCGGCGCGCAAUGGCUGCCGCAGCUCGCGUCGUACGGGGGUGACGAAACCGAACACAGCGUCCGACGAGGACAUGCCUUGGAAGCACGCCGACGCAUCCAAGCCGGCAAACGCACUGACAUCAGCCUGCUCCUCCGCGACCGCGGAUGGAUGGCCGCAUCUAGGUUCGCGGACUACGCCUGCGACCUGCUGGACUUCCAGCACAUCACCCUGCCGCCCAUCGACGCCGUCUGGUACCCGGAACCGAACGACGAGAACACCAGCCGCCACGUCAAGUUCAAGGACAUCAACAAGGUCACGAAAGCCACACGGGACGACGGCACGAAAGCACGGGCCCAACAACUGGCCAACGCCAGCAAGGCCCCGCCCAGUUCCUCGCGGAGCGCGCAGCGUGCAACGACAUCAAACAACUCGCAAACCACUCCGCCUCGACGGCCGCAGGGAGUGGCAGCAAAGCCCCUCUGCACGUGAGCAGGCACACCAACCUAGCACGGGGAAGCCGCGCGAUCAGGGGCGUCAUCGUCCAGGGCACGAAGGGCGCCUACCAAGUCCAGCCGAAAGACUCCACAAAAACAUGGGAACAGCUCGCCCACGCGACGCAACAAAAAUACAUCUAUGACCCCCAUAACGCGCCCCCGCAGCACAAGGAACGCGCCCUAGCGGAACGCAAAAUCCAAGGCUGCGGCACCAAAGACAACCAGAGACCACGCACCACGUGGAAACCGUGGCACGAGGUCCCACCGGCGGAGCAGAAGAAACUCUGGCAGGGCGCGGGAAGCUCCGCCCAGCCCCUCCAGAAGAUAGCCUUCUACCUCCACCACAUAAACGUACGUCGCCCGCAUGGGGGGCGGCGCUGAUAGCAUCUACUUCCUCCCCGAGAAUGGAGAAACGCACAAACUGCGGCUCGCGUCCCGGGAUGAAAAAUAAGCGCUGCUCGCGGAAUACGCAGCAGCCGCGAACCAACCGAACGCCCCACCGGCGCCAGAGGCGUCCCAAUAACGACUGGGGGAAGGAGAGGAGCAGCAAUGGGACGUCCGACACGAGUGGGGAAAAGAUGAGGCUGGCUCACAGCCGGCGGGUCGUACCAGAAGGGAAAAGUGACAACAUGCAAAUGUGAACAAUGUAUCCGCUCGAUGUGCAAACACAGUCCUCACGUACACAAGUCACAAACCCGCUGGGCGAAAACUCCGCGCGCUACGCACCGCUGUGCAAACUAGUGCUCAGAAUCGGAGACCCGCGAGCCCAUGCUCCGCGAUCGGACUUUCCGCCGCGCCCCCUGAAGAAGGUGGACGCGAGUAGAUCAACAAAACUACACACGCACCAACUUAGAAAAUACAAACGUAGAUCUAGAGCAAAUCAAGAUCACGCCGAACAUGCACAGACCUGGUCAGUGCUCACGAUGAUGGAUAACACAAUCAUCCACAAUCAUAAACACAGGCACGCGCGCAGCAGGAGAGGACAACCCGUCUCCUGCCACGCGAGGUAUAAAGAUCUUUGUAGUGUCGUGCUGCCACGUAAUGUGAGCAAAGUAGUAAUGUGAAAAAAGCCGUAGUGUAGACAGGUGCAGUAGUUGCGCUCUUUUGUGAACGGACGUGCCACACGCACUUCCCGCUUUUUUCGCCCCGUAGCCAACCCAUGGCCUCAAAAGAGCUCGACCAGCUCACGGCGGCGCAGGCCGCCGCGGCAGAACCCCCCACCACCAACCAGCUGCGGUGGGCGGCGUGGGAAAUGCUGUUCGUAGUCAAAGACUACAUACGAGCGGCAAGAAUGGCCAGUAGCAUCACAGUGCCCGACGACACUAUCCGCAAUAUCAAACAGAUGAAGCCAACAAAGAGCAGUGGAGAAAACGCAUCCGGGAAGCCACCGCAUACGUCAAAAACGUAGGCAAAUCCACGCAACAGGAGAGCGAGAAACCCCUCGCAGCACUACCGGACCACGUCCGCACCGCACUUAGCUGGGGCGACCGCAAACGCAACCUCGUCGCCCUGCGCAGGCUCAUCAGCUGGGCCGGACACCGAGACACCAAACUCCCCAACAUCCUCGCCCGGGGGGUCCUCACGAUCGGAAACGCAGACCCCACCGAGGGAGUGUGGGACCUCGACCCCACGGUCACAGCCAUCGACCCACAAGAAGUCCAGGACUUCCUAGACGCGGAACGGGUCAUACUCGACCUCGACCAGGAAGCCCCCGUGUCCAGCACCUUCCCCGCGGAUGUACUGCGCAAGCUGCUGGAAGGCUGCACCGACAUGGUGAAGAAAGGACUACGCAAGCCCAUCGCUCGGAAGGGCCUCAAAAUCCGACCCAGCCCCGCCUUCCCAAAAGUCGAGCUGGAGAAGAUCCGCCAAGUCAUCGACUCGCGGCACCAAAACCAAUACAGCCGCCUCGUCGAAAAAGUCCAAAUCAAGGGCACGCGCACAGUGCAGGAAAUCAUUAGCAUCUUCAUGCGACCGAUCGGCCACGAAGACGCGUACACCCUCCCGAGCUCCGUCUCGGCCAAAGAAACCUGGCGCCAAACCUCGGAGACGCUGGAAAAAGUCGCAGCCCAAAAACCCACAGCCACGCCAAGCAAGCCGGCCGAGCCGCCCAGCGUGGCCUCGCGGGCCGACGUCAUCGCCGAGGUCCAGCACUGGAACACAGCCCUCAAAAAACACAAGGGCGGAGGAGUCAUCCCAGAGAUGGGCACUAAAGACUUCGAGAAGUACUACUACGCCUUCGCAUGCCGCGACCCGAAGCUCAACGGCAUCGCGUUCUACGACCCCGACAUGCGGGUAUGGCAACGCGUGGAAUCGUACGUACUGAACAUGGGCAACACCCACUCCGUGCCCGGAGGUAUAUCCGCUUCCACCCUCGCCGCCUCCCCGGGCGGGAUACAAGUACGGGCAUGCGCGCACAACGCAAACCAAACUGACCAAAACCUAACAAAACUCCCCCCAUAAACAUCACAGCACGCCGCGUCUCUGAGGCCAUCCGCAGCAUCCACCAAGCGGGCGGGGGCGUCUCCAGCCUUUACAUAGACGACGCCAUGCUGUUCGGGGUUGACCCGCAAACUUACCACCUGUGCCGAGACUUCUACAUCGCCAUCGUAGAAGCCCUCGGCAUCCCCCUCAGCAAAAAGGCGGCCGGGAACCAAGGCUCCUGCGACGCGGCCGGACCAUACCGCCGCAACUCCGUCCGUGCCCUCGGCAUCCGCUAUGUGUGGAUACGGGACGAAAAGGGCGACCCCACCGCACUCUACGCGGUGGCACCGGCCGACAAAGUGCAAGUAGCGAAGGAGGACUGUGGCAAGAUCCUCACAGCCCACGACUCCAAGCAGCCCCUCCUCAUCAAGGACAUCCAGAAGCUACUCGGCAUGUCCCAGUACGUAAUCUGCCACGCAAGCAGAUCCGGCGCGGAAUUCGUGCGACACCUCUACCCGUGGGCAGCAGACGAGUACUUCAACACGAACAUCCGCAGCCGCCAAAUGCGGAACGCACUCGCCACCGCAGUGCGCGCGCUCCGUGGUCUUAUCGACCACCUCCCACCACUGGAGCUCGCACACCACGACCACCGGGUCAACUUCCUCUACCUCGACGCUAGCGGCCGGCGCUCACCGGACGCAACAAACGCCGCUGACCGCGGGCCCGCCGCCCCGCCGAGGAUGGGGGGGGUCAUCGUCACGCACACGGGCAAGGUCAAAGCCUUUACCUUCCCGCUACCGGACGCCCACGAGGCGGCCAGCUACGACAUCAUGACUCUGGAGACAGCCACAGUCAGAGUCGCGCAGCGCCUCUACGCAGCCGACCUCGCAAACGCCAUGGCGAUGGUCUCCGUCGACAACACCGUCGAGCUCUUCGCGCUCAUCAAACUGAGCUCCCGCCAAGGACGCGUCUGCAACGCGGCGAACCGGGUAGCCAUAGCCAACAGGCAAAACAACGCCCGCUGCUGGUACCGCUAUACCAACACAGCGCGCAACCCGGCCGACGCCUUCAGCCGCAAGGACCUCCUGCAAGAGGCCCUCAACUUCUGGCGCCCCGACGAGCUCGCCCAAAUUAAGUCUAUGCCGGACGUAGCGGAUUAUGUGGUCGCGGAGUGCAAGCCCCUCCCGCCGGACGACAUCUUCCGCGACACCAGCAAGCUCCCUUUCAAACCCGACAGAGACUCUACGGCCCAGGCCGCGCGACACCGCGCCUGGAAGGAGCGCCACCCUGCUCUCACGGGGACGAUCAUCCUCGCACUCUCUGAUCGGGACCUCUGGCUGCUCACCAUGCAGACCACUGAGGAAGAACACGCCGCCUCCGGCGCUGACAGGGCUAACUCGCGUCCCCCGGACGCCUCGCGCGCAAAACGCCCCCGCGAGCAUGAGGCUGGCUCACAGCCGGCGGGUCGUACCAGAAGGGAAAAGUGAAAACAUGCAAAUGUGAACAAUGUAUGCGCUCGAUGUGCAAACACAGUCCUCACGUACACAAGUCACAAACCCGCUGGGCAAAAACUCCGCGCGCUACGCACCGCUGUGCAAACUAGUGCUCAGAAUCGGAGACCCGCGAGCCCAUGCUCCGCGAUCGGACUUUCCGCCCCCUGAAGAAGGUGGACGCGAGUAGAUCAACAAAACUACACACGCACCAACUUAGAAAAUACAAACGUAGAUCUAGAGCAAAUCAAGAUCACGCCGAACAUGCACAGACCUGGUCAGUGCUCACGAUGAUGGAUAACACAAUCAUCCACAAUCAUAAACACAGGUACGCGCGCAGCAGGAGAGGAAGCAGGAGGUGAGUGAGGAGUCUGUCUUGAUCGACGAAGAGCCCUGCAACUGCCGGUGCAACUGGUGGGACUUUAUGCCCACCUCCGACACGAUCAUGAGCGUCUUCGGCGCCGGCCCCGCGCGAGGUUCGUCCUAGAAAAUAAAGACGCU